UCUGCGGGAAGCACACAUCAUAUUGUUUCUUAUUUCGUUCACACAGUCACACUCAGUCACACACUCCAUGUCAGUCACUUAUUUUGUUCCCAAAUCAGCAGUGUUCUGAAUCAAUUAAUAAGUAAACAAAAUGGCUACCUUUAAUGAACUACAACAAGUGUAUUUAGAAUACACUCAUAAUCUUCUACCUGGCACUAUCGGACUGAGUUUUCCUGACUUCUGUACUGGAUACAAUGUUUUCACAGAGCAACCGGCUUUCCCUGCUUUACAUGGGGCUAAUGAAGAGCAAGCAGCAACCAACUAUAGAAAAAUACCUGUUGAUGUUGAACAGCUGAAAGAUUAUCUUGCAUGUGAUUUCAAAAUUCAUGGGAUUUCUGUUUUGAUGCAGAUCAGUGAACCAACUCUUAAACGCAGAAUCAAGGAAUAUGGUUUAUCAAUAAGAGGAAGCUACUCCAACAUUUCUGAUAAUGAUCUCGAUAUUGUCAUUGCCAACGUGCUCAAAAGGUUUCCCAAGUUUGGUCUACAGUUGUUGCAAGGCAAACUUGUUGCAGAUGGGUACAAAUUGCAAGAAAAGCGUUUGCGAGCUUCCUAUGCUAGAAUUGGGCUGAAGAAGGCUAAACCUGGCUUGAAACAGAUUCCUCGUGUGGUUUAUCACGCAGAUUCCCCUUUACAAAUGUGGCACAUGGAUGGAUUCCACAAAUUUGAUGGAUGGGGAUUUGUUGUUCAUGGAAUUGUUGAUGGAUAUAGUAAGGCGAUAGUGGGAAUGCAAGUUAGUGACAACAACCGCUCAGAGACUGUUGUCAAACUAUUGCAUUCUAGCUGCAUCAUUUGGGGAACUCCAGCUUGUUUAAGAACUGAUCGAGGAGGAGAAAAUGUAUUAGCAGCUGAUUAUAUGUUAAAUGUACGGGGUGUAGAUAGAUCCAGUUUUUACGCUGGCUCUUCCAUGCGGAAUCAAAGAAUUGAACGUCAGUGGAGAGACACGAAUCAAUUUAUUAACCUAAAUAAUUAUUUAUGGUUAAGAGACAAAACUAAAACUUAACAAAUUGUUUACUUUAGAAUAGCAUCGUAGUUUUCUUCCUCAGUAUUUUCAACGUUGAAAUCCACCACUCGCUGGGAAACGUAUAUGUCAGCCAAAUUACUUUUUUCUUGUUUUGAAGCUCUCGUCCCAAGCCAUCCAAUGUGAGGCAUUAAAUAGACAUGCAUUUUGAACGUA